AUGACUUCAAAGAAAUCCCAGUUCCCUCAGAUUCAGCCCGGUGGCAGUCUGAUCCUUGCGUGGCAGGCAAAGGGCAAGAAUAUCUUGAUAGUUGGUGGCGGUGAGGUAGCAGCCGGUCGCAUUGUGCACUGCCUCAAUGCUGAUGCCAUCGUCACCGUCGUCUGCCCCGGCUCCGGCUUGAACCCAGAGGUGGCCUAUCGGGUCGCGGAAGGGCAGAUCAGCCACAAAGCUCGCAACUUUGAGCCCGCGGACCUUGACACGGCCGACAUGGUGCUCGUGGCUGUCGACGACCCGGCCGCUUCCACGGCCAUCUGGAAGCUCUGCAAGGAACGACGGAUCCCGGCCAAUAUCGCCGACGUUCCCCCGGAGUGCGACUUCUUCUUCGGGAGCGUCCACCGCGACGGACCUCUGCAAAUCAUGGUCAGCACCAACGGCAAGGGCCCCAGGCUGGCGGCCUUGAUCCGCAGGUUCAUCGCGAAGAAGCUUCCUGCAAACGCUGGCAAUGCCAUCGAAUCCAUUGGCGUGCUUCGGACUAAACUUCGUGCUGUUGCGCCCGGACACGCAGACGGACCAAAGCGAAUGGCGUGGAUGACAAAGGUCAGCGACACACUUUCUUGGGAAGAGAUGUGCGAACUGACGGAGACGGAUAUGGACUUCCUCCUGCGCUACUAUCCCAAAAACGUAGUCCCUACUUUUGAAGAACUUAGGACUACUGGCGCUCGAAGCCCUCCAUCUGAGCAAGGGGCUUCCGCCCGACCCAACUUCAUCCUAGAGAAUGACGCCGCCGAGGUGGAGCAAGAGACAUUCGGCGUGGGAGAAAAGGUGGUGGAAGAUGAGAAAUUAGAACCAGACAAUGCUCACGGCCCUCACGAUAAAGAUGCGCAUCGGCACAUGGUUUGGUACCCAACGGGAAUGGAAACAGACCCGUUGUGUUUUGUCGACUAUGGACCCUACUUGGAGCCGUUCCUCCCGACGCCCGAAGCGGCCCAGGGUCUCCGCGGGAUCCUCCCUCCCCACCAUCUGCGGAAGUCGCACGUGUUGGCAGACCAAGUGACGGAAAAUCCGGACCCGGGCUUCACGACAUACGAGCCUCUCCUCCAGGGCAUGUUCAAGAACAUCAAUGACUGGUACACUUGGACCCGGCAGACGACCGCAGGUUAUUUCCAGGACAUCUCCGCAGCUGUCGAGUCUUGGAGCUUGAUGAUUAAUAGAGAUCCCGACCUCGAACCCGGACGCAAGGCCAAGGUGCCGAUGCCGCAGCACGCAGUCUCCAGCCUCCAUCACUUCGAGUCCGAGUUCAAGGAGAUCAACCCCGACCCCGCACUCUGGCCCACCAUGAGUCAACACCUAAGCAUGCACGAUAGAAUUGAACUUUGCCACUCGAGGCUCCGAGGAGAAGACCGCAACCUGCUCGCCCAGACCAAGAAGUUGAGGCACAAGACAACAGUUGAGAAGCACCAAAAGGACUACGAUGUCUGGACGAGAAGGAUUGCCCACCACUAUCUCGUGCCGCAUAUCAACCUCGAGGAGCUCAACGACCCUACCAGGGUCAUGCAAUUCAUCUACAGCCGCAUGACCGUCGCUCCCGUGCACUUUAUCCGUCAGGACUUUAUCUCCACCUACCUCGGUCGCGCCUUACGAAUCCUCACCGGGCCUUUUUCUCUCCACACCGUGACGUGGGAUAUGCCAGACGAGACGGACGAGGACCUCUCUGCCCACACCAACAUAGUGCCGCGCCUCAUCCCAUAUAAUAUGGAGAAUGCUGAUGCCUUUUACCACAAGAUGAGUGUAGGGAAUGUGCUCUGCGUCGGCGACUGCUGGGUGACGUUCAAAGCGCAAGUGCUGACGUACACCUUUGUGAGGAUUCUUUGCAUGAAGCUCAUGCAACAUGCCGGGUACCGGGCGGAGCUGGCGCUGGGCGCCAGGGACAAGACUCCCGUUGGGCUCCUGGCCUCGUCUCCAUUCCUCAACCACUGGCAGAGGGUGAGGGCGGAUAAAAGGGCUGGGAAGCCGGGCUCCAAGCUCCUGGGCGAGUGCUUCAUCACGCAGGCGAACACCGUCCGGGACCACUUGUACGACCUCAUACACUCCCCUCGUUUCUUCCACGAGCGCAUGCGUGACGAGUACAACCAGCACUACAGCAACCUAUUCCCGGACAUCAUCAAGGGCGAGGACCAACAGAGACAGCUGUUUGUCGACUCGCUGAGGAGCAUAUUCAGGAAAGUACUAACGGAGAUGCACCUGCUGUCUUAUGUCUACAUGUCCAUUAGGGAGCUGGAAGAAAGCCACGAGCUACUGGACGAGGGCGGGGAAUGGGUAGUGGGGCGGGACGGUUCGAAGAAAUGGGUCGGCAAAGGUAUCCCACCCCGGAACAGCGAGAGUGCGGAGUGGGCGAGAGGAUUUAUGGGCAAGAAAACCGGCAUGCGCAAAAAGUAUAACAGGGAUUGCGAGGAAUACAAGGAACGCAUGGAGGAAAUGAGGAAAAGGAAGGACAAAGGCGAAGAUCUAGGUCCCGAAUGGUUCAAGGUGUUACAGAAGCCGGAUUGGAUCUUGAUGUUUUGGGAUUACGAACAGCGAGAGGAGCCGCCAACGUACCAGGUCAAGGGGCGCUGCGACCAAGUGUCCGUCAUCGCGCAGGUGAGAGGCAUGCUUGCGCUAGCGCACUAUGUCGCCAUGGUUACAAGACGGUGCUUGGUUCCAUCCACGGCGGCGCUGAGGAAGCACUAUGUCCCUAGUCCGGAGUUCAUGUCCAAGCAGGGAUCCGAGGGCAAGGUGAGCAACCAGAGCAUCUUCCGACACCUCCCCAAGCGGCACAAGCGCGGGGAGAGGGUGGGCACGAGGCUGCUCCGCCGCGGUCUGCUGCGCUUUCCCAAGCUCAAGCUUGUGAGGAACCCGCGCGGGAAGGAAGCGGUGAUCAAGGACCAGAGGAUGCGGUCCCUGCACAGGCUCCUGCUCCUCCGGAGGAUCAAUGCGCUGAGAAAGGACCUGGAAACGGAAGCGGAUGAGUUCCAGGCCAUCACCCCGCACGUGGCCGAGCUCCUGGACACCAUGUCGCUCAUCUUUGUCCUCGUCGAACAGGAGAGUGUGAUCCGCCCAUUCUCAUUUGCGCCGGCGAGCGGCUCCUUCCUCGACAACCAAAACGCCGGUUUCCUUCGGAUUCUGCAUUACCAGACGCAGUGGCGGUCGGAGGUCAGCAACGAUGUGCGAACGCGAUUGGACGCGUUUGACGAGCUGCCCCUCGAGAGCCGCAUCGACCCGGCCAUCAUCUCCGCGCUCUACGAUCAGCAGCGGAUCUGGGACGCGAGCCAGAGCGGGGUCGGAGGGCCCAACGCGCCCGUCUUUGGGGAUGUCCAGGAGCAAGGGACGAUCAAAGCCCUCGACGCCUUUUGGAAGGCUCUGGUGACGUACCUGCGGGAAGAGCGGUCUGAUGGGCAAGGCAAGGUGAUGCACAACUGGACUUUUUCGAAACAUUCGCGGGAGAGGACACUAAACCAGAGUGGCUGUGAGUUGACGCACAUGGCCGAGCAGGUGUCGCGGGGUUGGCAGGAUUGCCAACGCAGCAACGUCUUUCCGGGGGUUCUUCAAAAAGUGUACACGCACCCCGCCAUCCAGCAGCUGAAGAGAGCGGUGCGAGGGCAGGAUAAGGAGAUGGUUUGGUACAUCAGGAUGCAACAGGUGCUGCGUUCAUCCAUUGGCAACUUCUACAUGGACUGCAUCAGGAGGAGUGACCAGGCCGGUUACCCGGCGCUCAAGGAGGAGUUUGACGCGCUAGUGUGGAGGGAUGAACAGGCAUAUUGGACCAGGCGGGUAGCGAUCCAAUUCACGACAUGUUUCGCAAUGGGCCUCUUGAGCGAGAUCGCGCGCGUCACAUCCGUCAUGCCGGUAUGGCUCGCGAAUUAUCUCGACGAUGACGGAGACAUUAUCCUUAGCAAUGAUGAUCUUAGCAGCCCAGGGCCCCUGGCGGGGAGCAAUCGCGAUACCCCGGCCGCCGCCCUUCCCGUAGCACCCCAACUUUACCCGUUCGAAAGGGCGCAGGCCCUAGUUAGACUGCCAGCUGAUGCGGCGCCGCAACACUUACCCGAGGCCAUGGCGGCCAUUGCCGAGGCCGAGGCCGUGCAGCCCAAGACAGAGGCGCGGCUAGCUCCGGAACCAGCCCCGUCCGUGCCCGUGGUCCAACCCCAGCCGGUACCCACGGUCGAAGAGAUGGAUGCGGGUGACCAGAGCGACGUGCAGGAUGAGGUCAUGACGGAUGUGGCCGACACGGAAGCGGAGGAGGAGGAGGAGAGGGAGGUUCACCACUAUUGGUGGUUUGAGAGCUUGGCGGACGCAGAGUGGGAAGAUGUCGCGAGGAUGUACAAAGGGUUUGUUGAUGAGGACACGGGGCUGCGUCAGUGUGGCAUGGAGAUUCCGCAAUGGACUCGCAAUCGGUAUGCUCAAAAUAUUCAAACGUCGGCGGAGGCGCCAAAGAGUAUCAGCCCGGAUGGCAAGUUCAUGAUCCAUAAGAAGUCGGUUAAAGGGACCUUCGAGGUGCUUUAUAGCAGAGAACUCGAUAUCCAGCAGCAGCCCAACGUCGUCACGGGAGACUCCUUCAAAGAGUUCAUGGCCGCGCUCGGCUGGGGGUCGAGCCCCGUUCAGGGGUCCGAGGUGCGCUUCACGUACAACCCUAAGAUGGGACGCUUCGCUCCGGACGACCUCAAGAGGCACGUGUUCGUCCUGCACAUGCCGCACGGCAAGACGGGGCGGUUCCUUGCGCCAAGCCACAUCUCGUCGUUUAAGAAGCGUCUGGUAAACGUGGGCCUCACGUACGCCGCUAUUGACAGAAACUACAUGUUCCCUUAG